GUUCAGCCUAAGGGGCGGAGCCUCACCGCCUUGGAGGGCCGCUGUAGAGCGGAGCCGGAGUUUUGGCGCUCUGGGCGGCUGCUGGAAACCUACAGCCACCAUUUCCAACUCGCAGCAUGCUGUUGGCUUUGGGCGGCCGGUGGGCAGCGGGCCUGUGGCCCGGCCGGACGAGGACGGCGUGGUGUGCGGCCGCCGCGCUCCGAGGUUCCGGGGUCGCCUUCUGGCGUGCGGCCUCACGAGCCGAGCCCGCGCGGCUGCGGAGCGGCGGGCUUCUGCCGCUAGCCGAGCCUUGCGGGCCACCGGGGCGAGCGCAGACACCUGUUUGUUGGGGAAGAUGUGUCUGCUCCUUUCAUACACAAGUUGAUAAACCAGAAGAGGGCAGGCUGAUUUAUACUGGGAACCUGGCCCGCAUGAUAUUUGGUGUGAAAUGUUUCUCUUAUUCUACAAGUGUGGUCAGCCUUGCAUUCUUACCGUACCUUCUCUCACAAAGUAAUGUGAUGUUUGGAAGUCUGCCUUUGCAAGUCUUAUUUUAUGGAGUCAUGGGAAGCUUCACGGUGAUCACUCCCACACUGCUUCACUUUCUGACAAAAGGCUAUGUCAUUCGGUUGUACCAUGAGGCCUCAACUGACACUUACAGAGCCAUUACUUACAAUGUUGUGCUUUCGGAAACCAGCACAGUGUUUCACCAAGAUGAUGUAACAAUUCCAGAGAGCGCACAUAUAUUCACCACCUUUUAUGCUAAAACAAAAUCACUAUUAGUUAAUCCAGCACUCUUUUUAGACCCUGAAGACUAUAAUCAUCUAAUGGGUUAUGACAAACCAUUCACUUUUGAUAUGGAAGAAGUCAAUGAAAAGAAACUGCAUGAGGGUGAAAAAUGAACCUAUUCUUAGUUUGUGCUUAAAUGUCAUGUAUUUUCAGGGUAUAAUAAGAUUGCCUUUAUUUUGUUAUUGUUAGUGAAUGAUUUUAAAAACAAAACAAUAAAGUGUAUGGGUAGAGGACACA